GCACAAAUAAAAAUUGUUUUUUAUUCUUAGUCCGUGCCUACAAAUAUACAUGAACGAGUUAAAAUGAGUACAAGUAGCACGAAAAUCAAAUAUCUUGUAGCAGAUACAACAGCGUUUAUUAAUGCAGUGCCACUGAAUGAAUAUGCGGACAAUGUGUUAACCGUGCCUGAGGUGGUUGCUGAGGUGCGCAAUAAACGCCAAAUACGCCGACUUUGUGUGCUGCCAUUUGAUCUGCAGGUGCGAGAGCCGCGCCCAGAAAGUGUAAAACACUGCGUGGAGUUUGCCAAGAAGACUGGCGACUAUGCAAGCUUAUCCGGCAUUGAUUUAAAGGUGAUUUCGCUCACGUAUGAACUGGAGGCGGACACACUGGGCACCGAGCAUCUGCGCACCGAACCAGUCGUCUCGCAGGUAAUUGCCUCCAAGGAGCAACCAGAGGAGAUGCAGGAUGUUAAUAACAAGCGUCUGGUAGGCUGGUACAUGCCCGAAGGCAACGAAGACGAUGAGGAAGCAGAAGAAGAUGAGGAGGACGAUGCCAAUGAGGCAGUCGACGACAAUGAACGGCAGCUUGAAAAAAGCAGUGAUCAUGUGGACCAUAUUAAGGAAGCCAUUGAAGCGCAGCUGCAGGGCAAACAGAUACCGAGUCCAGACAGCAAACAGACAGGCGACAAUGACGAGAACGAGGACGAGGACGACGAUCUGACACAGGAGGAGCUGGAUAAGCUAUUUGAGAAACUGAAAUGUGCGCCAUCCGCAGACGAAGAACGGGCAACUUGCGAUCUUUUAGUGGCGGAGCCAAAAGAGGAAGACGAAGAGGAGCAGCCAAUCUGCAAUAAUAACGACGCCGCCGACGACGACGUUGGCGACGAUGGCUGGAUAACGCAUUCAAACAUCAAGAAGGCCAAAAAAGCGCUCGAGGGCAAAGUGGAAACAGAUAUUGUGCCGCCAGUGGCGUGCAUGACCACAGAUUAUGCGCUACAAAAUGUGCUAAAACAGCUGAAUCUUCAACUGGCCGCGCUCAAUGGACGCAUUAUCAAGCAGCUGCGCACCUACAUACUGCGCUGUUACGCCUGCUUCAAAACGACGAGCAUCAUGACCAAGGUGUUCUGUCCGAACUGCGGCAACAAGACGCUGAAACGCGUGGCCGUCAGCCUGGACGAGAAUGGUAAACAGGUGAUACACAUAAACACAAGACGUCCCCUUUCGUCCAAGUAUAAGAACCAGAGUCUGCCACGCUUCCAUGGCGGCAAGCAUUCGCGCAAUCCCAUUCUGUUUGAGGAUCAGCCCAUGCCGCGCCAGAUGCCGUCACGCGUGGCCAAAACAAAGACAAAUGCCCUGGAUGAUGAUUAUAUUGCCGGCUUCUCACCGUUUGUGAUGCGUGACGUGGACUCAAAAUCAGCAAUGCUGCGCUCCAAGGGCAACCUAAAGGAGUGGGCGCGCAAUAACAACUUCGAGGAAGAUCGCAGACGCAAGAAUUACAACCGCUUGUAUAAAUAGUACGGAAUGUUAUACUACAUGUGUAUAUGCCACAAACAUAUAUGUUAUAAUAAAUAAAUAA